CAAAUGUUGUGAAGUUUUUCACAAACUGGAGUGAAGAAGAGCUGGGAUUUUUUUAUUAUAACUUGAAUUUUUAUUUGUAGGUGAGAAUUAAUACAAAACAAAGUCUGUAUUUGAUUUAACCAUGCAGCAACAAGUGGACCAACCUUCCCCCCUGACGGAUGCACUCGGUGAUCCUGAAUUACUUCAAGUGAGUGGAACCCAAAACUACGAUGACAUUCCAGUUGCUUUGCGGAAUAGACGUGCAAUUAACAGACCACGACCCCGUUCAAGAAACAUGGAUGAGUAUGUUCAAAAACCUAAAAAACGUAAUUCUGGAAUAAGCAGUGAUGAGCAGCUUUCCGAAUAUAAAAUGCCUGACGAUCCAACUUCAACGGAUGCAGAAUGGAAAAGAAUCCAGCAGAAUACAUUUACUCGUUGGUGCAACGAGCACUUAAAAUGUGUGAAUUUGUACAUACAUAAUUUGGAAACAGACUUAUGUGAUGGUUUAAAACUUAUUGCUUUACUGCAAGUUUUGUCUCACAAAAAAAUUGCUCGAUAUAACAAGAAACCAACUUUCAGACCACAAAAGAUAGAAAAUGUUGCAAUAGCUUUAAAAUUUAUAGAAGAUGAACAAAUCAAACUGGUAAAUAUCGAUGCUAGUGAUAUUCUUAAAGGAAAUCUUAAGUUAAUUCUUGGAUUGAUAUGGACUCUCAUUUUAAAAUAUCAAAUCAGUUUACCAAUGAUGGAUGAUGAUGAUGAACAAGCUAAAGACAUCACACCAAAACAGGCCCUUAUGGGAUGGGUGAAAAGUAAACUACCCCCAGAGGUUCGAAUGAAUAAUUUCAAUAAGGACUGGAAUAAUGGUGUGGCAAUAGGGGCGCUUGUUGAUGCUGUAGCCCCAGGGUUGUACCCACAAUGGGAAGAUAAUUCUCCUGCAGACGCAGUUGAAAAUGCUCGCGAAGCGAUGAAAUUAGCUGAGGAUUGGUUAGGAGUCCCACAGGUAAUAACACCAGAGGAAAUCACAAAUCCAAAUGUUGAUGAAUUGUCUGUAAUGACAUAUGUUUCAUACUUCCCUGAAGCUAAAGUUAAACCAGGUGCACCUCUCAAACCAAAGAUGACUGAUGCUUCUAAAUGUAGUGCUUCUGGACCAGGGUUGCAAGAACAUGGGGUUGUGGUUAACAAUCCAGCAGAUUUUACUGUUUUUACAUCAGGAUCAUCUCGAGGAAAAUUGAAUGUUCAAGUGUUUGGUCCUGGGCGUAAAGCUAUUGAUUGCAUGGUUCAAGAUAAUCAUGACAACACAUAUUCAUGCCAGUAUAUUGGUGUUAAACAAGGAACCUAUGAUGUGCAUGUCAGAGUUGGAGGUCACCAUAUUCCUAAGUCACCAUUUAGAGUAAAUGUUGCAUCUGAUCUUGAUAGUAGCAAAGUCAUUGCUCGAGGGCCUGGCCUAGAGCCACAAGGAUUAAUAGUGGGCCGUCCUGCUGUAUUUGAAGUUAUUGCCACUGGAGCUGGUAGUGGUGACCUUGUUAUAGAUGUGAUUGAUCCUAAGGGAAACAAGAAAACAGAAUUAAAAAUUGAAGAAAAACCUGGUAAUGUAUUUAAUUGCAUGUACAUGCCACUCUUUGUUGGCAGAUAUGUCAUAGUGAUAAAGUAUGGAGGAAAAGAAGUUGCAAAGAGCCCAUAUCAUGUUAAUGUAACACCAGCUGCUGACCGUGUCAAAAUUUAUGGACCUGGUUUAGAAUCAGGAUUAAAAACUGGUAAACCUGCCACAUUUACGAUUGAUUGCUCAGAAGCAGGAGAUGGUGGUUUAGAUGUAACUGUUGAAGGGCCAGGAAAAAGUGAUGUUAAGUGUGAACUCAAAGAUAACGGAGAUGGAACAUUUACUUGCACUUACAAACCUACAAAAGCUGGGCAAUAUACAGUCACUGUUAAGUUUGAUAAUGGAAUGGUACCAAAAUGCCCUGUUAGAGUAUCUGUUGGAUCUACUGCUGAUCCUUCUAAAAUUAAGGCAUGGGGACCUGGCCUAGAAAGAGGUGUUGCUGGAAGACCUGCAGAGUUCUAUGUAAGCUGUAAAGGUGCACCAAUGGACAAUCUUACAGUUGGUGUUGAAGGGCCUGCUGAGGCAAAGGUUGAUAUUAAAGAUGAUGGUAAUGGCACAGCCACUAUAGUUUACUUUCCAACUAAACCUGGGAAAUAUAUUAUCCACAUUAUGUAUGAUGAAGUGGACAUCAAGGAUUCACCAUAUACAUCUGUUGUAAGUCCACGUGGUGAUGUCAGCAAAGUGUACGCUGAAGGUCCUGGCUUGGAAGCUGGCAAUAUGGCUGGCAAACCAGCAGAAUUCAAGGUGUUUACAAAGGGAACUGGAGUAAAAGGCAGUGUCCAGGUUUCAUGUGUAGAUGAAAGUGGUAAUCCAGUGGAAGUUAAAGUGAAAGACAAUGGUGAUGACACAUUUACUGUUGUUUACUAUCCAAAGGCACCAGGAAAAUACACCAUUACCAUUUGCUUUAUGGAUGAACCCAUUUCUCAAUCACCGGUUAGCCUGACAAUUAUACCAUUCAGUGAUGCUAGCAAAGUUAGAGCAACAGGUCCUGGAUUACAGGGAGGAAAAUGUGACAAGCCAGCGAAAUUCAAGAUUGAUGCCAGCAAGGCAGGAGAAGGUGGAAUUGGACUCACGAUUGAAGGUCCGACAGAAGCUCAAAUUAAAUGUGACGAUAAGGGAGAUGGUACCUGUGAUGUGGAAUACCUACCUGUUGAAGAUGGUGAUUACAAAAUUAAUGUUCUCUUUGCUGAUGAACACAUUCCUGGAAGUCCCUUCACAGCUGUUAUAUCUGGAGAUUUUGAUGCUUCUAAGGUAAAAGCAGAUGGACCUGGCUUGAAACCUGGUAAUAAGGCUGGACGACCAUGUGAUAUUGCUAUUGACACACGCAAAGCUGGAAAAGCCAAGCUGAAUGUUGAGGUUGUUGAUGAGGUUGGAAAUCCUGUCAAAGUUGAUUUGGUGGAAGAAGAACCUGGUUUGUUUGCAUCAAGUUACUAUCCAGAGAAAGAAGGACCACAUACUGUUAAUGUUACUUAUGGUGGAAAGCAUGUACCAAAGAGUCCAUUUAAAGUUAAAGUAAACCCUUCGUUUGAUGCAUCGAAAGUUAAGGUAUAUGGUCCAGGUAUUGAACCAGAAGGUGUGAAAGCUACACAACCAACUUAUUUCGAAAUAGAUGCUUCUGAUGCUGGAGAAGGAAACGUUGACAUCAACAUUGAGCCGACCGGACGAAAUAUGCCUAAGGUCAAAGAUAUUGAUGUUAAAGAAGGCAAAAAACCAAACUCGUACAUUGUUACAUACAUACCACCUAAAGAUGGCGAAUAUGUCAUCACUGUCACUUUUGCAGCUGUUGGAGUUCCAAAAAGUCCGUUCAAAAUUAAAGUUUCACCUGGUAUUGAUGCUUCUAAAUGUAAAGUCCAUGGACCAGGCAUUGAAGAACCUAUCGUUGGUCAAGAAAAUGUGUUUGACGUUGAAACUCCAAAUGAUGGUUUAGACGCUCCUUUAACUUGCACGAUUGAAUCACCAUCAGGCCGAAAGGUCAAAGCCGAUGUCACUGAUGCAGGAAAUAAUAAAUACAAUGUUGCCUGGACACCAAAGGAAACUGGUCGCCACAAGCUUACUAUCAAAUAUGGUGACCAAGAAGUUCCAAAGAGUCCAUUCUACGUUGAUGUUGUUGGUAAACCAGAUCCAUCAAAAGUUAAAGCCUACGGUCCAGGCCUUGAGAAUGCUUACGUUGGCAAACCUGCUGAAUUUACUAUUGAAACUAAACUUGCUGGUCCAGGAAAUCUUGGUUUAACAAUCGAAGGGCCUGAAGAAGCUAAGAUAGAUUGUAAAGACAAUGGAGAUGGAACUUGUUCAGUGUCGUACUUACCAACCAAAGAAGGUGAUUAUGAAGUCAACAUUUUGUUUGAUGACACACAUAUUCCUGACAGUCCAUUCAAGGUUGGUGCUACAGAACCUGUUGAUGCAAGUAAAGUAAAAUGCAAAGGGCCAGGUGUUAGCAGAUCAGUACCUGCCAGCUUACCUGCUGAUUUUACAGUUGAUGCCUCAAAAGCUGGAAAAGCACCUCUGGAAGUUGAUGUUGAAGGACCAGGUGGCGAAAAAUUCCCUUGUGAUAUCAAAGAUAAUGGCAAUGGUACAUUUGAUUGUUCAUAUGUUCCAGAAAAGAAAGGACGUUACAACGUAACACCAAAAUAUGGAGGCACGCCUGUCCCAGGUGCUCCCUUUAAAGUUUCAGGAGAUCCAACUGGUGAUGCUUCAAAAGUCAAGUGCUCUGGCCCUGGAUUAGAAAGACCACAUUUGGGACAUGCUGCACCAUUUGAAGUCGAUGCUUCAAAAGCAGGCAAAGGUAAUCCCGUUGUUAAUGCCAAAGGACCUAAAGGAGAAAAAGUUCCUGUUAAGAUGGUUGAGGAAGAAGAGGGUAUCUAUGCCUGCGAGUAUGUACCAGAAGAAUUGGGUCCACACGAGCUGGAAGUGUUAUUCGGAGGAGAACCAGUCCGCGGAUCACCAUUCAAAGCUAAAGCUACACCUGCUCCAGAACUUGAUAAAGUUAGAACACCAGUGCUAGAAGAGGUUCUUGAAGCAGGACCUUGUGUUGAACAACAGUUUGAAGCUCCCGUAGAUUGUUCAGAAGUGCCAGAUAACAGGGGUGCUAAACUAUCUGGAAAGAUCACUACGCCAUCAGGAAAGAAAGAGAAGGUUGACGUAAAAGAUAAUCAUGAUGGUACGUUUGCUUUGAAUUACGUACCAAAAGAAGUUGGGAAAUACAUUCUUGACGUUGGUUAUGAUGGUAUUCCGAUUCCUGGAAGUCCAUUUGAAUUUGAAGUUACUGAAGGUGGACCAGACAAAGUUAAAGUUUAUGGAAAAGGUAUCAAGAAAGGUGUCGUGGCUGUUCCAUCACGAUUUACGGUGGAUACAAAGAACGCUGGUCCUGGUGAUCUUUCUGUUGCUGUAGAAGGACCAAGCAAAGUUGAUAUUGAAUGUGUUGACAACGGAGAUGGUACUUGUGAAGUCACCUAUGUGCCAGUUGAAGCAGGAGAGUAUGAUGUUAUUGUUAAAUUCGACAACCAGCAAGUCCCUGGGAGUCCAUUCAAACCACGUGUUGUUCAAGAUGAGCCUGCAAUUGAAGUUGGCAGUCCGUCAGAUCUCUGUAUGUCGCCAGAAGGUGUUAGUCCUGACGACAUUCCGUCACUUAAAGGUGUUUUAGAAGCUCCCUCUGGCAAAGAAAAACCAGUCGAUGUCAGCGAGGGACCCAACGACUCCAUUAUCGCUUCAUUUGUUCCUGAAGAACCUGGAAAAAAUCUCUUACACGUCAAAAAGCGAAACAAACCAAUCAAGGGCUCACCUAUACCAGUCAUGGUUCGUGAAAAGCCAGUAAUUGGGGAAGAGAGCAGCAUUCCUCUAGAAUGUGCUGAUUGUGAGAUUCCAAAGGAUCUACCUUUAAUGAAAGGCGUGCUGACUCGUCCGAAUGGAAAGGAGGAACCGUGUAAAGUAGAAGAAGGUCCUGACAAUACUAUCGCCGUUUCGUUUGUACCAGAAGAGCCUGGCAAACACUUGAUAAAAGUUUUCAAGGACAACAAACAAAUCGAUGACAGUCCAUUUGUUGUCAAUGUUGAAGGAACACCUGAUCAAUAUCCGAAAGUAGGGAAACCAUGCGAUAAAGACUUUUACCAACCAGAACCUUGUCGACGAUCAGACAUAAGUAAAAUGAAGGGAACUCUUAGACGACCAACAGGUAAAGAAGAACCUGUAGAUGUAAAACUAGGACCAGACGGUACUAUUGCUGUUUCUUUCGUCCCAACGGAAGCCGGCGAGCAUCUAAUUAGUGUAAAGAAAGAUGGUCGACACGUUCCAAAUAGUCCGUUCUCCAUUAUGGUCAUCGAUGAACCUUCAGUCCCAACUGUUGGAUCAGACUGUGCUGCCAACUUCGACAUUCCUGAAUUAGACUUACCAAAAGAUUUAAAGAACUUAACAGGUACUCUUACAAGACCAACUGGCAAGGAAGAGCCAUUAGAAUUAGGUGUCGGACCUGACAAUUCUUUAGCUAUAAACUUUGUGCCCAAAGAGCCCGGAAAGCACCUUAUCGGAAUCAAAAAAAGAGGAAAGCACGUCAAGGAUAGUCCGUUCGAAAUUAUGGUUGAUGAAGCUAAACCGCAAGGACCAUGUGUAGGUGAAGAAUGUGCUGCAAAUUUCACUAGUCCUGACUUAGAUUUGCCACGGGAUUUAAAGAACUUGACAGGAGAGCUAGAACGACCAACUGGAAAGAAAGAACCACUACCUCUCGAAUGCGCUCCUGAUAAUUCGCUUGCUGUCAAUUUUGUCCCAACUGAGCCUGGAGAACAUAAAGUACAUGUAGCCAAGAGAGGAAAACCAAUCAAAGACAGUCCUUUCUCAAUUAUGGUCGACGACGCUGCUCCAAGCGGUCCUGAAGUUGGCCGUGAGUGUGGUGUUAAUUUAGAUAUUCCAGAAUUAGAUUUACCGCGUGACCUGAAAAGCUUGGAUGCUCACCUGACUAGACCUACAGGCAAGAAAGAGCCAUUAGAGUGUGAAGUUGGUCCCGAUGAUACCUUGGCUGUUGCCUUUACACCAACCGAACCAGGAAAACAUCUCAUUGACGUGAAGAAACGAGGACGUCCGGUAAAAGGAAGUCCCUUUGAAGUUGAUGUUGCACCAGCCGGUUCAGGCAAACAUCGUCAACCAAUUGAUGAGGGUAUUGUGCCACAGAGUGUUGGUGAUGUGGAAUCCUGUCCUGAUUUUCCUGACUUUUUACCUGAAGAUCAAGCUGAUAAAGAGAAGCCAGCCACUAUUGGAUCACCAUGUGACAUGAAUUUAGAUCUCCCAGAUGUAGACCUUCCUAACGAUUUAGAUAAAUUGAAAGCAGAGUUAACUCGUCCCAGCGGUGAGAAAGAACCUGUUAAAUGCAGCAUGGCUCCAGAUGGCUCUCUGGCAAUUGGUUUUACACCAAAAGAAGUUGGAAAACAUUUGGUUGAUGUAAGGAAAAAUCGAAGACCAGUUAAAGGAAGCCCGUUUGAGAUUAUGGUCGAGGAUGCUAAGCCUGAACGUCCAUGUGUGGGCGAUAAAUGUGCGGCAAAUUUCACUAGUCCUGACUUAGAUUUGCCACGAGACUUAAAGAACUUGACAGGAGAGCUAGAACGGCCAACUGGAAAGAAAGAGCCACUACCUCUCGAAUGCGGUCCUGAUGGUUCUCUUGCUGUAAACUUUAUCCCAACUGAACCUGGAGAGCAUAAGGUGCAUGUAGCUAAAAAAGGAAAACCAGUCAAAGGCAGUCCUUUCACUAUUAUGGUUGAUGAAGCUAAACCUGAACGUCCAUGUGUUGGUGAUAAAUGUGCUGCAAAUUUCACUAGUCCUGACUUAGAUUUACCACGAGACUUAAAGAACUUGACAGGAGAGCUAGAACGGCCAACUGGAAAGAAAGAGCCACUACCUCUCGAAUGCGGUCCUGAUGGUUCGCUUGCUGUAAACUUUAUCCCAACUGAACCUGGAGAGCAUAAGGUGCAUGUAGCUAAAAGAGGAAAACCAGUCAAAGGCAGUCCUUUCACCAUUAUGGUUGGUGAUGCUAAACCUGAACGUCCAUGUGUUGGCGAUAAAUGUGCCGCAAAUUUCACUAGUCCUGACUUAGAUUUGCCACGAGACUUAAAGAACUUGACAGGAGAGCUAGAACGGCCAACUGGAAAGAAAGAGCCACUACCUCUCGAAUGCGGUCCUGAUGGUUCUCUUGCUGUAAACUUUGUUCCAACUGAACCUGGAGAGCAUAAGGUGCAUGUAGCUAAAAGAGGAAAACCAGUCAAAGGCAGUCCUUUCACCAUUAUGGUUGGUGAUGCUAAACCUGAACGUCCAUGUGUUGGCGAUAAAUGUGCCGCAAAUUUCACUAGUCCUGACUUAGAUUUGCCACGAGACUUAAAGAACUUGACAGGGGAGCUUGAACGACCAACUGGAAAGAAAGAGCCACUGCCUCUUGAAUGUGGUCCUGAUGGUUCUCUUGCUGUAAACUUUGUUCCAACUGAACCUGGAGAGCAUAAGGUGCAUGUAGCUAAAAGAGGAAAACCAGUCAAAGGCAGUCCUUUCACUAUUAUGGUUGAUGAUGCUAAACCUGAACGUCCAUGUGUUGGUGAUAAAUGUUCUGCAAAUUUCACUAGUCCUGACUUAGAUUUGCCACGAGACCUAAAGAACUUGACAGGAGAGCUAGAACGGCCAACUGGAAAGAAAGAGCCACUACCUCUCGAAUGCGCUCCUGAUAAUUCGCUUGCUGUAAAUUUUGUCCCAACUGAGCCUGGAGAACAUAAAGUACAUGUAGCCAAGAGAGGAAAACCAAUCAAAGACAGUCCUUUCUCAAUUAUGGUCGACGACGCUGCUCCAAGCGGUCCUGAAGUUGGCCGUGAGUGUGGUGUUAAUUUAGAUAUUCCAGAAUUAGAUUUACCGCGUGACCUGAAAAGCUUGGAUGCUCAGCUGACUAGACCUACAGGCAAGAAAGAGCCAUUAGAGUGUGAAGUUGGUCCCGAUGAUACCUUGGCUGUUGCCUUUACACCAACCGAACCAGGAAAACAUCUCAUUGACGUGAAGAAACGAGGACGUCCGGUAAAAGGAAGUCCCUUUGAAGUUGAUGUUGCACCAGCCGGUUCAGGCAAACAUCGUCAACCAAUUGAUGAGGGUAUUGUGCCACAGAGUGUUGGUGAUGUGGAAUCCUGUCCUGAUUUUCCUGACUUUUUACCUGAAGAUCAAGCUGAUAAAGAAAAGCCAGCCACUGUUGGAUCACCGUGUGACGUGAAUUUAGAUCUGGAGGGAGUUGAACUUCCUGAUGAUUUAGAUAAGUUGAAAGCUGAGUUAACCCGCCCUAGCGGUGAAAAAGAACCUAUUAAAUGCAGCAUGGCUCCAGAUGGCUCGCUGGCAAUUGGUUUUACUCCAAAAGAAGUUGGAAAACAUUUGGUUGAUGUAAGGAAGAAUCGAAGACCAGUUAAAGGUAGCCCGUUUGAAAUCAUGGUUGAAGAGGCUACAUCUCCUGACUCUAAACCUACUGUCGGCAACAAAUGCGAUGUAGACUUCGACAUUCCUGAUAUUGAUUUACCUGCAGAUCUGAAACACUUAAAUGCAGAGCUUACUCGUCCUACAGGCAAGAAAGAAGCUAUUCCUUGCACAUGUAGUCCUGAAAAUACACUUGGACUUGAAUUUACCCCUACUGAGCCUGGCAAACAUGUCAUUGAUGUUACGAAGAGGGGGCGCCCUGUGAAAGGUAGUCCGUUUGAAGUAAUGGUGGAAGAAGAAGAACCCGUCAGCAAGGUUCCAACUGUUGGUACUGAAUGCGAUGUCAACCUAGAAAUUCCAGGGUUGAAUCUACCACGCGAUUUUAAAUAUUUGGAAGGUUCGUUGAAAAGACCUGGAAAACGAUCCGAGGAGCCAUUAGAAUUAACUUUAAAUCCAAACAACACGAUUGGCGUGACGUUUGUACCUGAAAAACCAGGUCGCCAUGAAAUUUCCAUAAAGAAAAACGGAAAGCACGUGUCUGGCUCACCCUUCGAAGUCAUGGUAGAAGAUGCACCUUCAGCUGUACAAGAACCGCAAGUGGGUAGCCCCGUCGAUGUUUGCGUUGACAUGACUAUUGAUCCUGAUGAGCUGCGUUUCAUCAAAGCAACUCUUGAAAGACCAGAUGGUACCGAGGAGCCAAUCGAUUUAAAAUUAAACCACAAAAACCAACCUAUAGUCACAUUCACACCAAAACAACCUGGUUUGCACAAAGUUAAUCUGAAACGUCGUGGAAAACACCUACCAGGUAGUCCAAUUGAAGUUAUGGUCUCUCCUGGUAAAAAGAAGCCAACCUGCGAUGUUGGAUUUGAGAUACCUGGCAUAAAAUUGCCUGAAGAUUUAAAAUAUAUGAAGGGUUCAGUAGUCUCACCCUCCGGCAAAGAAGAACCUGUUGAUUUACAAGCAGGACCAAAUAACACCAUCUUAGUCUCAUUCUUACCGAAAGAAGUUGGACGUCAUCUUAUACACAUCAAGAAGAACGGUCGUCCUGUUGGCGAUAGUCCAUACGAGGUGAUGGUCAAACCAGAAGAUUUGGCUCCUGGAAAACCAGAUGCAUCCAAGGUCAAAUGCACCGGAAAAGGCCUUCGAGGUGGUCGUCCUAACGAAAAAGCAGAAUUCACUGUAGAUACUCGCGAUGCAGGAUACGGAGGACUUGGCUUGUCUGUUGAAGGACCAUCCAAAGUCGAAAUCAACUGUAUUGAUAAUGAAGAUGGUACUUGUUCUGUAGACUACACGCCAACAGAACCUGGACAGUACUUAAUCAACGUUACAUAUGCUGAUGAGCAUGUACCUGGAUCUCCAUUUAAAUGCAGAAUCGGCGAUGGACGCGUCCCUGUUGAUGAUGAAAUCGUACCUAUCUCUGAAGAUGGUGUUCAAGCUGGUGCUCCUGAAGAAUUUAGUGAUAUGCUUGCUUUCCCUAGCAGUAAAGCGCAUUCACCUCAAGAUUUUGUCAUCAAAUUCUCUGGUACUGGAGAUCUGAAAGCUUCAGUGACAAGACCAUCCGGUAUCGAGGACGACGCUGAAGUAGUCGAGACUGGACCUGAUACGUAUACCGUUAGAUUUGUUCCAAGGGAAACAGGUGAGCAUUUAGUCAACGUUAAAAGCGGACGACGUCAUAUACCUGGCAGUCCCUUCAAGGUGUUGGUCGAAGCUCCUGCUGGAGGUGCCGCAGCUUGCAAGGCAUAUGGGCCUGGUUUGGAGGGAGGAAAUGCUGGUAGGCCUUUAAAAUUUACUGUAAUUACCCGGGAUGCUGGUCCAGGUGGUUUAGCCGUGGCUGUAGAAGGUCCUGCAAAGGCUGAAAUUCAAUGUCACGACAAUGGAGACGGUUCAUGCGACAUCACAUGGUAUCCUGUCGAGUCUGGAGAAUACACCGUUCACAUUCGUUUCGCCGAUGAGGCCAUACCUGGAAGUCCUUACAAAGUGUUUGUGCAACCAGCUGAUCAAGGUAAAGCUAUGCCCAUGGAAAGUUUCAAAGAUGAAGUUCUUCGAGUCGGACAACCUGCAAGUUUUGCAGUGCAAAUGAAAGGAAAGAAAGGCAAAAUCACUGCUUCAGUCACUUCGCCUGCUGGAGCUCAAAUCGAUUGCAACGUUGCCGAACACGAAGAAGGAAACUACGCAGUGCGUUUCGUACCACGAGAACUUGGAGACCAUCUUGUCAGUGUGUUUUUGGAUGGACAUCACAUCCCCGGAUCACCGUUUACUGUUCGUGUAGGAGGUUUAGAGGGUGACCCUAGCAAGGUAGUAGCUUAUGGUCCUGGGUUAAAGGGUGGAGUUGCAGGAAGACCUGCUGAAUUUAUCGUCAACGCUCUAGAUGCUGGAUCUGGUGCACUGGCACUGUCUAUUGACGGACCAGCUAAAGUGAAGAUGAAUUGUGUCGAACAAGAUGAUGGAACAUAUAAAGUGAUAUAUAACCCAACGGUAACAGGAAUUUACGAGAUCAGUAUCCGAUUUGCAGGCCAACAUAUAACGAACAGUCCCUAUAAAGUGCGUAUAGUAGAAUCAGAAGACCAGAUUGAUGCUAUCAAUAUUACAGGAGACGCCAGUAAAUGUACAUCUAAAGGACCAGGCCUGCGCCGAGCUAAUGUGGGUGAACCAGCUACCUUUACCGUCAACGCUAGCAAUGCGGGACGAGGUUCGCUUAUGGUGGGCGUAGAAGGUCCAGUUAUACCUGCAAAAGAAAUUAUCGUGAAACACACAGGAAAUAAUGUUUACAGUGUGAACUAUGUCUUAGAAGAAUCUGGUAAUUACGUGCUUAAAAUAUUAUGGGCUGAUAGUCAUAUUCCUGGAUCACCUUUCCAUGUUACUGUGUAAUCAAAGCACGAAACAAUUACAGCACUGUUGCUGUGGAAAUAUAUUAAAAGAUGGUGCCGUUCGUUGUAACAAAGACGUUUAGCGCGAUUUUGUAUUCUUGAUACUUUUGAUACGCCUGCGAAUGAAGAUAAAUAAAAUCUUGUGUGUUUGUUUUUUUCACGCUCACAAAAAAGGUCGUGUUUUGUUGAGGAAAUUAGUUUCGUGUGAUGUUCACUUGAAGUCAUAAGCACGGAGAUUAAGUUUUUGUUUAGAAUUUUUUUCUGUUCGCAUGUAAUGUUUGUACAUCUUUGUAAAUAGUAGAAUCUUCCAUUUGCGUAGGUUUAACAAUAUCUUUAUGUUAUGUUUUAGUGUAUUCUCGAUCUGUGUUUUUGUUUUCUCACUUUUGUACGAUGAUUUCUCUACUACGAAAAAUAAAUUUUAGAUAUACAAACA